AUGUCCGCCGAACCAGAAAACCCGUCUCCCGCUGAAUUGGCCGCCCGUGAGCAUGACGAGCAAGACCGCAAAGCCCGCGAGGCCGCCGAGCAGGCCCAGCUGCCCUACAAAUGGACGCAGACCAUCCGCGACGUGGACCUGACCGCCCCGAUCCCUGCCAACAUUAAGGGCCGCGAUAUGGAGGUGGUGUUGACCAAGACCAAGAUCCGUGUGGCGGUCAAGGGGCAGGAGGCGAUCAUCGAGGGCGACUUCCCCCACCCGGUCGUCGUUGACGAAUCCUCCUGGACGCUAGAGACCACCCCGACCCCGCCGGGCAAGGAAGUCAAUAUCCAUCUAGACAAGGUGAACAAGAUGGAAUGGUGGCCGCACGUCGUGACGACCGCCCCGAAGAUCGAUGUCAGCAAGAUCACGCCCGAGAACUCGAGCUUGAGCGAUUUGGACGGCGAGACGAGGGCGAUGGUCGAGAAAAUGAUGUAUGAUCAGCGGCAGAAGGAGACGGGCGGGAUGACGAGUGAUGAGCAGAAGAAAAUGGAUCUCCUCAAGAAGUUUCAGGCCGAGCAUCCUGAGAUGGAUUUUUCGAAUGCCAAGAUGGGUUAG